AUGGCAACCCACUACCACGAAGGGAUUUUUCAUAGCAACACGAGGAGAAGAAAGCGACGGGAUUUUUCGAUCGAAUUAUACCUUGCGACCAGGAUGAUGUCAGCCGGCAACAGUGGCGGGAUUGAAGAAGAAGAGGAAAGCAAACAGAUUCUCAGUAGUUUAAAAAGGCUAACGCCAUCAAAACCCAGCUUUAGGCAGGGGAUGAUUACAGAGCACAAUGUAAACGUUGGAAGAAGGCAUUUCACACCCACUGGAGAAAACCCAGAUGAGGAAGGUACAAAUCUUGAACUCGAUGCUGAAAUUACUCCAUUGAAUGAGAAGAAGAGACCUGCCGAAAAUAGAGUAGUUGAUCUUGAACGAGUUAGAGGUUAUGUUUGUGUGAAGUCGUUCAUUACUGUGAUGCAAUGGAAGGUUUGA